AUGACUGACAAACAAAAUGCUGACAAGGAAAGACUGCGCAAACUGGGUCUUCAAUGUGUGUCCCCGGGAUUUUCAGGUCGUAAAAUGGAUCAAGCGAUGCUUUCGGCGAUAGAGGCAUCCAAGGAUAUUGAAAGAGAGCAAAAAGAAGCCAUCUCUAAAAUGGGCCAAGACCAAAAUGGCUUCGAAGAAGAACACGUUGUAGUGCAGACAGGAUCAGACGCGUCAAGCGCUGCCAAUUCGAUGGUCGAGGCGGCUAAAGAUGUGUCCAAAUCUCUAAAAAGAUCGCGCAUUCCAGCACCUCUUGAUCUAAACUCGAGUGGAACUACGCCCAAAAGAAGCAGCUUUGCUUUUGGCGGCGGUGCGCGCAGCGCACCAGCGCAUGUGACGCGAUAUCCACGCGGCAAAUGUCGUGUACAAUACCUGGGGAACGUCAACGAAUCCAGAAAACGGCAACGUGUGGCGCAUAAUCCUUACCCACUACUUGGAACUAGGCCCUACAGCCCGUAUCCGGUCUGUAUACAGUCGGCCGCAGGGCCCAUGCCAUAUCAAAGUCCAUACGGAGAUCCUAUGAUCGCCCCUAACGUUUUGCCGCUGCAAUACGCGCUCGUACCGGCAGCUUAUCCUCCAUAUCCCGUUGAGCAAGAUCGGCGAUAUCCGCUACCACGUAGGGACUAUACAGGCCAGCCUAGAACCGCCAAUGCUGGCGUCAGAUUCUUCUCUGGGCCAAGCGCGGUACAUGGCGAAGACGUGGAUGAUCAAGGUCAGGAUUUAAAAGAGAGUGAGGAGCAAGAAGACGUUGAGAUUGCUAUAGAAGAGGGCGCGCAACCUACCUCAAGAGAUUUUUCACUCAAAAAUGAGGAACCGAAGAUGAUGCGCGGAGAAAUAACACUCUCUAAUGACAGUUUUUCAUUUGAAUUUUCGCUACUGGAAGAGGCAACAAACAAGAAAAUGUUUAUGAGUAUUUGCGAUAAAAUAUGGGAUGACGCGGCCGCAAUGAAACAGAAGGGUUAG